AUGGACAGGCUAAUAUCAGGCAGAAUUACCGAACUGGAGAUCAAGCAUUCGAAUAUGCCACCAUACAUACAGCGUGCCAUGAUUUUGGUGGCAUUGGAAGUGGCCGAGGCCGAUAUGCCAAAGGAGUGGAUCGCUGAAACACUGGCGAAUCGGAUAGAGAGCACCUUCGGUGGCACCUGGGUGUGCCUCGUACGAACCAACUCUGAUACGUACAUCGCUCACGGAGACGGUUACUAUUUUUCGUUUGUGAUGAAUGGCAUACUGUUUGACAUAUAUGAAUUGUAUGUACACUAA